GUAUAAAUAACAUAUGAGAUUUCUUCUAUCUUCCUAGAUUUUGAAUGCCCAGUGAAGUCCUGGGCAGAAGAAUGAUGUGGGAAAACUGGACAAUUGUCAGUGAAUUUGUUCUCGUGAGCUUCUCAGCCCUGUCCACUGAGCUUCAGGCUCUACUGUUUCUCCUUUUCCUGACCAUUUACCUGGUUACUUUAAUGGGCAAUGUCCUCAUCAUCCUGGUCACUAUAGCUGACUCUGCACUACAAAGUCCUAUGUACUUCUUCCUCAGAAACUUAUCCUUCCUGGAGAUAGGUUUCAACUUGGUCACUGUGCCCAAGAUGCUGGGGACCCUGAUCAUUCAAGACACAACCAUCUCCUUCCUUGGAUGUGCCACUCAGAUGUAUUUCUUCUUCUUUUUUGGGGCUGCUGAGUGCUGCCUCCUGGCCACCAUGGCAUAUGACCGCUACGUGGCCAUCUGUGACCCCUUGCACUACCCAGUCAUCAUGGGCCACAUAUCCUGUGCCCAGCUGGCAGCUGUCUCUUGGUUCUCAGGGUUUCCAGUGGCCACUGUGCAAACCACAUGGAUUUUCAGUUUCCCUUUUUGUGGCCCCAACAGGGUGAACCACUUCUUCUGUGACAGCCCUCCUCUUAUUGCACUGGUCUGUGCUGACACCUCUGUGUUUGAACUGGAGGCUCUGACAGCCACUGUCCUAUUCAUUCUCUUUCCUUUCUUGCUGAUCCUGGGAUCCUAUGUCCGCAUCCUCUCCACUAUCUUCAGGAUGCCGUCAGCUGAGGGGAAACAUAAGGCAUUCUCCACCUGUUCCGCCCACCUCUUGGUUGUCUCUCUCUUCUAUAGCACUGCCAUCCUCACGUAUUUCAGACCCCGAUCCAGUGCCUCUCCUGAGAGCAAGAAGCUGCUGUCACUCUCUUACACAGUGGUGACUCCCAUGUUGAACCCCAUCAUCUACAGCUUAAGGAAUAAAGAAGUGAAGGCUGCACUGAAGCGGGUUAUCCACAGGAUCCUGGGCUCUCAGAAACUAUGAUUGGCUUAGAUGGAAACUGAAGGG